AUGGCUUCCUUGAGCGCCGCCUCGCCGUGUUUGGCGGCCAUGGCGUCACCAGCUCCCCCUUCCACGUGCACCCGCGUUACAAAGUCACAACCCCGUGCUGCUCAACUCACAUCCGCCAAAGUCACACACGUCCACGACCGUCCGAUCCAACCCGCUGCUAGGCGCUGCUCUGGAGUGCCAACGGAAAGAAGAGCCGUUUCCAGCGUGCCUAGACUGCUGACAGGGAGAAGAGCUGUUAGCAACGUGCCUCGAGAAUCACGGAGCUUGCCUCACGCUGCUCAUGAAGAUGAGGCGUCUGAAACCGCUGCUGGUGCUGAUGCGAAUGGUACGCCUGAGGAUGGGAGUGUACAGCAGCCUGCCCCUGCUCCCCAGACCAUGCGCGGGCCGACUAAGACAGUCGCAGAGGAGGCGAGGGGAUACCUGGAAAAAGCAGAGGAGGAUUUCCUGCAGUUCACGCAACACCUGGGGCGAGCGCUCAUCCUCACCACCAUCCCUGGGGUCGCCUUGGAAACCCUUCGUGAGCUCUCAGGCUCGAGGGUGCAAGGGUGGGACGUCGUCUGGUUCUGCUGGGCGGCAGGGCUUGUCCUGGGGUGCAUGGUCGGGGUGGGCGAGGUCAUGCAGAAGCACCAGAGGCGGCGCGCUGCCGCCUGCCUGCCGCCCAGAAGAGUUGUCCUGACUGGGGGCUCCAGGGGCCUGGGCAAGGCUAUGGCUCGAGAGUUCCUAUUGGCUGGCGAUGACGUGUUGCUGGCAUCAAGGAGUGAGAAGGGGGUGGAGGAGGCAUUGAGAGCGCUGCAGCAGGACACGUGGCAUAUCACAGGGCGCGCCCCCAUGGCUGUGCUGGUGAAGACCGGAUCUAGUCAAGCAGAGUCAACCCAGUCAGCGCAGUCAAUGCAGUCAACCAGGGAGGUAUGGGAGCUUCCCCAGGCGCAUGGUGGUGAUGAGCAGCAGGAGAAACGGCGCAAUCAGCAGCAAGAUGAUCAUCCACUGCUGUCUGGGCGGCAGAGAGUGGUUGGGAUUGUGUGCGACGUGCGGUUGGCAAAAGAUGUCCAGAUGCUUGCUGACGUGGCACGGCAGGAGCUGGGGCGAGUCGACAUCUGGGUGAACAACGCAGGCACCAACCCCAUGGCGAAGCCGUUUGUUGACUUUGAAGACCACGAGCUGGAGCAGGUUGUCUCAACCAACCUGUUGGGAUCGCUGCUGUGCACGCGGGCAGCAAUGCGCCUCAUGCAGCAGCAGCAACCCUCCCUACCAGACCAAACAUCCGGCCAUGUGUUCAACUUAGAGGGGGCGGGGUCGUGGGGAGGCGCUACCCCCCAGUAUGCAGCGUAUGGUGCAACCAAGUGUGCACUCAGGCAGCCGGGGGCGUCUCUGGUGGAAGAGGGGAGGGAGGUGGGGGGUGAACGAGGGAGUGAGGUCGUGAGCGAUGUUGGGAGGGAGGAGGGAGAGCCUGAGGAGGGAAGGGGGAGGAGGGGAAGAGUGGGUGUCCACGCGGCGUCCCCGGGGCUGGUGCUGACAGACCUUCUCCUGAGUGGAGCAACGGUGGCCAACAAGCAAGCAUUCAACAUCGUGGGGGAACACCCUGAGACUGUUGCACGCGUCCUUGUGCCCCAGGUGAAGUGCGGCUACGUUGCCAAAUACGCUCUGGAGCGUAUCGUGGAUGAUCCGGUCUUCCGCUACGCGAUCCAGUGCUUUGCGCGCGCGGGACCGGGGUAUGUUCCCCCCAAGAGGGGCUACGUUGGAGGGGUGGGCUUGAAGAAAGUGCGGCAGAAAAUGGAGGCAGCGCUCGCCCCUGUUGCCGCGAGCUGGAAGCGGGACGGUGUCACCGUGUCGUCGGACAUGAUGACCGACCGUUGCGGCCGCCCGCAGGCCAACAUACUCCUUGUCAACGACUCCGGCGCAGUUUUCGAGCAGGCCGUGGACUGCAACAUGGAGUCGAAGACGGGGGGGUACAUCGCCAGCCUUCUCCGCCCCGUCAUUGAUAAGGUGGGGCCGGAGAAUGUGGUGGCGGUCUGCACCGAUUGGCGGCAGCAACUAUGCAUCGGCAAUGUGGGCAAAAUGGGAUGGGCGAAGGGGCUUGUGGAGAAAGGAGGGGAGAUGAUUACCUUCGUGCGCAACCACCACUUCACCCGUGCCUAUAUGAAGAAAGUGGGGGGGAAGCAGGUGCUCAAGCCUGCGGGAACCAGGUUCGGGACACAAUACAUAGCCAUGGCCCGGCUAUGUGAGGUGAGGAGUGGGCUGGCGGCGAUGGUGCUCAGCGACGAGUGGAAGGUGUGGGCAGCGGGGGACAAGGAUAGGAAGACUGCAGCCGAGAAAUUCAGGGCUGCUGUGAUGGAUGAGGAGUGGUGGGGGGUGGCGGAGUUCUUUUCCUCUCUCAUGGCGGUGCCAUUCAAGGCCAUGCGGGCCACGGACUCUUCCGCGAAAGGCAUGAUGGGCGCGGCAAGGAUGGUGCCCCUCGCCGCGCAGGAGGCAUUGCUGGCCUACAUCAACUUGGAGGGCAGUUUUGGCAAGCUGAGCGCCAUAGCUGCAAGGGAGGCAGUGAAGAAAGGGGAGAUGAGCAUGGUGCAGUGGUGGUCGUGGCACAGCACCGAGUACCCUGAGCUUGCCACCCUCGCAUGCCGGAUUCUCACUCAGCCCGUCUCGGCUUCUUCAUGCGAACGUGGCUGGGCGCAGUGGGAAGGCGUCCACACCGCCCGCCGCAACCGCCUCGGGUCCGCCAAGUGUGCGGACCUGGUUUACAUUGCGCACUACUGGAACGUUGUGCGCAAUUGGUACAACAAGGAUGGGGCCAGCACGGUUGUGCCCGGGAACAUCCCGGAUGCCCCUAUCCCCCGCGGCUACAACAUGGACGAGGAGGAGGAAGAUGACCUGCUGGGGGGGGAAGGAGAUGAUGCAGUGCUGGCGGAUGAGUAUGGGGAAGGGGUGGUGGUGGAAAAGCCCCGCAAGGAAAUAGGCUGGUUGGUGCUGACGGAUCUGCUGCUGAGUGGAGCGACGGUGUCCAACAAGCAAGCAUUCAACAUCGUGGGAGAACACCCCGAGACCGUCGCGUGCGUGCUCGUUCCCCAGGUGCUGAGUCAGGUGGUUCUUCAGGUCGCUCAGGUGUUGUCGUUAGUGUUCCACAAGAUGCGCACUGUAAGGGGUACGGGGUCCACAGUGAGCUACCUCACACCGCCCCGCAUAGUCCUUGCCAUCCUGUCUGCCUGGAUGCGCAGAGGCCGCUGGUUUGACCAACAGGCCGUGUAUGCAACGGAGGCGCAGAGGCUGAGGGCAUGGGCGGAGGGCAAAGACAGGUCCCCCAUUGGGGCAGUGGUGGAUGCCGUGCCCAGCACAGCCUGGCUCUCCCUCGUGUCAAUCCUCCCUUUGUCUGUGUCUCCUUUCACUCCAGGGAACGUAGCUAUAGAUUUGUUGGAUCUAGAUGACUUGAUGUGUGUGUUUGGUCCCUGA